AUUGUUUGCUCUAGCUGUGAUGAAGAAAACAAACAAUUCGAUAUUCUUAAACUUUUGCUGAAUUGACUCUGGUUUGCCAUGGGGACGUGCUACUCAAAAGAUGCAUCUGAAAGCAAACCACCACAAUCAAAGAGAGAGCUGAAAAGGAAGAAGUGUGACACCGACGCACUGACAGCAGAAAGUGUGCCCUUGUGUGAGGGGGAUAAAACAUCAGAGGACGCCCCUGCCGAAACAGGUACAGCUGUUUCUAAGAUUGACAGCUCCCUGGGGGAGGAUUCCAGGUCCUCCACACCUGAACUUCUUCCAGAACAGACAGAUGAGAAACGUAUUGACCGAGGGGUCGCGCCGUCUGAUAGUGGGAUAGAGAGUAUUGGCACAGCCGCUGAUGAUGCUGUAACCACGACAGAUUCAGUGAGUAAACAAAGCCAGCUGGCCAAAAGGCUGGAGCGCCUCAGCCGCGGGUCUUGCAGCAGGUGUGGGAACUUCAAGCUGGACGAUUGCGCUUUCACUGCCCUCUUGGCCGACACAUACUGUCUGUGUGGACCCAGGCAGGCGGGCAAGCCAGGCGUCAACCCCAACUGCCAAACCCACGGCAACCACUCCCCGAGAAAACAAUCCCCAUCUCAUACGACUGACACAUCAAACGGUCAGGUUUGUAAUAAAUCUGAAGACAAUGUCGUGUCCGAUGACCUCCAACUCAAGUCGAGUCUCAAAAAAGCAAACGGUGGUCGUAAAGAUAAAAACCUGAGAAUCUCCAUAAGGUCCACUGACAGUCUAGAAAUGGCAUUAACAUUACUCUCGCUCUCCGAGGGCUACAAGCUUGACGUCUCAGACAUUUCUAUCAACAAUAAGAAAUACGUCAAAGCCCCGCUUGCACAGUUUGACUCCAUGGAGAACAAUUUAAAUUCUUCGCCUUCCAGCAAAUCUGGCAAGAGACGAAGUCUGUUGAGUGAGAUACUAGACAUCACAGACUCUAUCUGUAGGUGUGACUUCUACUCGAACGAGUACUGUUGUACAUCAGGGCAGCACUUAAGUGAGAACACAAACAACACUGAGUCGUUUGAACAGGCUCAUUGUUAUGAAAAUGGGGUUGACAGUGGUUCUCAAAAUGUGUGCGAUAACCCGUGUGAGCAUGAAUCCCCUACAAGUGAGCAGUUGUGUUCUCAUUCUUCUGACAAGUCUAAUGCAGCAAGCAAAAAGACAGCCAGCUUGCCUAAAAAUGUCUCUUUUGCCACCCACGCGACUGGGGAAUUAGAUGAGUCUAAACUGUAUGCAACGAUCUCAGGAACUGUCCACAGUGAGUCUGUCAUGUCUGAGGAAUCAUCUGGUGUUUUCACAUACAGUAACACGUCAACAUCUGAGCCGUUACUUGUUCAAAAGCCUAAAAAAAACUCCCACAAGCGCACCGCGUCUUUAAGCAGUCGUGGUGUGUUGCUCAGUGACUCCAGCAGUGAGGCCUUAGACUGUGGGACAGAGGAGGACAUGGCAAGCCUAGACCUGGACAGCUUGAGUAGGGCCACAUCCCUCUCCUACAGCAGUAUUAGACAUUUGGUGGAAAGCACUGAAGAUUUGGUCUCCCCUCUAUCCUCUGCACGUAAAAUGAUGGUGGAUGGUGUUGAGUGUAUUGUUAUACCUACAGAAACCUAUUACCAAAUGCAGUCAGAUCUAACCACACUCAAGCAACAGUUGCUCUGUCUGUCUUCACUUAUUCAAGAGGUGUGUGAACGGCAGGGAGCUGAUGGAGUGUACCUGUCUUCCAACACAGAAGAAGUUCCGGAACUUUAAAAUAGAAAUGUGACCAAAAUGAGACGUCUCACCUCCUUAUUUUUUUUUCUAUUAUUAUAAUUAUUCUUCAAAACCAAAGUUUUAAAUUAUUUCAAGUCUAGUUUUUAAAAUACAUCAUAUGUACAGAAUGUAAAGACCUAGAACAAAACAAAGAACUUUUGUUCUAUACAGAUUGGCUCUAUUUGACAUAUCAGACAUAUCAUAAUUU